AUGCUCGCUUUCAGGGCUACAAUUCGAAAUGUCUACCGGAGAACACAUCUGCCUCGGGUUCGCGAAUUGCAUGGCCUUCAUAGCUCUCAAAGCAAAUUCCUGAAGGUCUCAGAAGAAGUCCGUGAUGCCGUCGCAACAGGCAAACCGGUUGUCGCUCUCGAGACCACCAUUUAUACCCAUGGGUUUCCAUACCCUGAGAAUAUUGCCCUAGCGACGCUACUGGAGUCUGUCGUCCGAGCCAAUGGCGGAGUCCCCGCAACUGUAGGUAUACUUGGUGGCGUUGCGCAGGUUGGUAUGAGUGCAGACGAGAUUGUUGAACUGGCCUCGACAGCAGAAAAUAAAUCUGCGUUGAAAGUCUCCCGAAGGGACUUAGGAUACAUCUGUGGCAUGGGUUUGUCUGGAAAGCCUAUCCAUGGCGGUACAACGAUAUCAGGAACGAUGAUUCUAUCGCAGCUUGCUGGUAUCAAGAUCUUUGGUACUGGUGGACUAGGUGGAGUUCACCGUGGCGCUGAAAGCUCCAUGGAUAUCUCCGCUGAUCUUACGGAGCUUGGGCGGACCCCGGUUACUGUUAUUAGUUCUGGAUGCAAGAGUUUCUUGGAUAUUCCCCGUACUCUCGAGUAUCUUGAAACCGAGGGUGUCUGUGUGGGUACUUUUGCCGAUGGCCGCGAAGGGUUUGUGGAUUUCCCAGCUUUCUAUACUCGAGAUAGCGGUGUUCGCAGUCCACGGGUGAUCCAGAAUGAGGCCGAGGCAGCUGCAAUAAUCUAUGCGCAAAACCAGCUCCCAGUCUCGUCUGGGAUUCACUUCGCCAAUCCUGUGCCGCUGGAGUACUCCAUCCCCAAAGCUGAGAUGGAUGUUGUCAUUGCCGAGGCAAUCCGCCUUGCAGACGUAGAGGGCUUUAAAGGCAGCGACAACACUCCAUUUAUACUAGCUAAAAUCAAGGAGCUCAGCAACGGGAAGAGUGUGAUUGCUAAUCGUGCCCUGGUAGAGUCCAACGUCAAACUCGCAACUCGCGUUGCCGUGGAGCUUGCCAAACUCGAGGAACUUGACCGAGGAAAUGCGUCUCAACACAUGCCUUCACUUCCGAGUGCCACUGAACCAGUGAAUACCCAACCAAUUUCUGAGCCCGUAAGCACUGCUGCACCUCUUCCAUUAGCUGAGAAGGCAAAUGUCCUAGUUGCCGGAUCCCUUGCAAUCGAUUUGUCCUGUGACUAUACACCAUUUGAAGCUGAGCGGGCUCAAGUUACACCUGCACUUAACACUUCCAACCCAGCUACCAUUGGCCAGAGUCUUGGUGGCGUGGGCCAUAACGUAGCCAUUGCAGCCAGCUUUGUUGGAAGCAAGGUUAUGUUUUGCAGUGUGGUAGCAGAUGAUCUGAGCGGUCGAGCGGCUCUUGCAUCGCUCGAGAAAGAAGGUCUCAGCAGUACAGGAGUACAAGUUCUCCCUUCAACUUCAGGAACGCGCACAGCACAAUACAUUGCUAUAAACGAUGCCAAAAAGGACCUCGUUGUCGCCAUGGCUGACAUGGGGAUCGUUGAGCUACCCGAAAAUCAGCUCAACUUUGACGAAUUCUGGGAACCGCUGCUCGAACGCACAAAACCUCGAUGGGUCGUCGUCGAUGCAAACUGGCGCCCAGAAGUCCUGCAAAAAUGGAUCUCCAUUGCCAAAAAACACGGAGCUCGCGUAGCAUUUGAACCCGUAUCUACUGCCAAAGCUAGCCGCCUGUUUGCUCGUAAUGGUAGGAGUGCAGAUGGAGCAAUUGGUCCCGAGCAAACUGUUCCAAAUAACGCUAUCAGUCUCGCCUGCCCUAAUAGCCUCGAGCUAACAUCUAUGUAUAAAGCUGCACGUGAAGCGCUGCUCUUCGACUCCCCUAGUUGGUGGGCCAUUAUUGAUGCCAUGGGCUUGUCUCUAACCGGUUCUCGUCAAAAUCUGGUGUACCUGACAUCUUCCGCGCUUGUCGAUGAAGGCUUACCGCAGCAAUCUAUUCAACUCCUUCCAUUUAUCCCAUGUAUCAUUACUAAAUUGGGCGAGGCUGGUGCUCUCCUCACCCAGCUUUUACAGCCUGGUGACCCGCGUCUAACGGACCCUGAUCAUGCGCCGUACAUCUUGGCUCGCCACUCGCCGGUAUCUGUCGCGCCAUUCGGUGGCGUUUAUAUGCGUCUGUUUCCUCCUGCGUCUAAAUUGGCGCCAGAGGACGUUGUCAGUGUCAAUGGUGCUGGUGAUACUCUGCUUGGUGUGUUGGUGGCUGGUCUGGCAAAGGAUGACUCGCCCGAUUGUAUUGAAAAGAUUCUAUCAGUUGCACAAGAAGCAAGUCGGAGAACCUUGACCAGCCAUGGUGGUGUGAGCAAAGAGCUUGUGGGCUUGCGAGAUAUCCUGGGCUUAUAG